ACCAAGAGAACCAACCAGCAAACCAAACUCAAGAUGCGCGCCUUCAUCGUCAUGUGCCUGGUGGCAGUCGCCUGCGCCGAUAAGCUCGGCUACAACUACCAGCCCGUGGGCCACUCCAGCUCCGGACUGUCAUUUGCUCCAGGAAGUGGCAGCAUUGGAGGUGGAUCCAUUGGCGGAGGCUCCAUUGGCGGAGGCUCCAUUGGCGGAGGCUCCCUUGGAGGCGGUUCCCUUGGAUCCAUUGGAGGAGGAAGCAUUGGCGGUGGCCUCAUCGGAGGUGGUUCCAUCGGAGGCGGCUCUAUUGGAGGCGGAUCCCUCGGUGGUGGUUCCAUCGGCGGUGGUCUUGACUCCGGUCUCGGUGGCUUGAGCGGUCUUGGUGGUCUGGGAGGUGGCGAUGCUCUGAGCGCCCCCGUCUCCUACAACGCCCCCGCUCCCCAGGCCGAGCUCGAGAAGGAGUUCUUCACCUACACCGCUAACGAGCAGGACUUCGAUGAGCCUCAGGAACUCGAGCGUGUUGCCAGCUCCGUGAACAAGGGUCUGCGCGUGGUCUUCAUCAAGGGACCCGAGAACCGUGGCCUGGAGAACGCCGCCCUGGCCCUGGCCAAGCAGGCUGCCCAGCAGGAGACCGCCAUCUACGUCCUGAACAAGCAGGCCGACAUCGGAGAUCUCGCCCAGAAGCUGAACGCCAUCAAGAGCAACUCGAACAACAAGCCCGAGGUGCACUUCGUCAAGUACAGGACCCAGGAGGAUGCUGCCAACGCCCAGCGCGCCAUCCAGUCGCAGUACGACCAGCUGGGAGGAUCCUCCCAGGCCCACAACGGUGGAGUGGCCUCCGCCCUGAACUUCGCCUCCGCCGGUCCCGUCCAGAAGGCCCAGGCCCAGAUCCCCGAGAACUCCUACCUGCCCACUUCCAUCUUCCGUCGUCGUUUAUCGCUCCUAGCCAGAGACACAAGCAAAUCGUACACCAAAAGCAAAAGAACCAGCCCAAAUCAGCUCAAGAUGCGCGCCUUUAUCGUCAUGUGCCUGGUGGCAGUCGCCUGCGCCGAUAAGCUCGGCUACAACUACCAGCCGGUGGGUCACUCCAGCUCGGGUCUGUCCUUUGCUCCAGGAAGUGGCAGCAUUGGAGGUGGAGCCAUUGGCGGAGGCUCCAUUGGCGGAGGCUCCAUUGGAGGAGGCUCCAUUGGAGGCGGUUCCCUUGGAUCCAUUGGAGGAGGAAGCAUUGGCGGUGGCCUCAUCGGAGGUGGUUCCAUCGGAGGCGGCUCUAUUGGAGGCGGAUCCCUCGGUGGUGGUUCCAUCGGCGGUGGUCUUGACUCCGGUCUCGGUGGCUUGAGCGGUCUUGGUGGUCUGGGAGGUGGCGAUGCUCUGAGCGCCCCCGUCUCCUACAAUGCCCCCGCUCCCCAGGCCGAGCUCGAGAAGGAGUUCUUCACCUACACCGCCAACGAGCAGGACUUCGAUGAGCCCCAGGAACUCGAGCGCGUUGCCAGCUCCGUGAACAAGGGUCUGCGCGUGGUCUUCAUCAAGGGACCCGAGAACCGUGGCCUGGAGAACGCCGCCCUGGCCCUGGCCAAGCAGGCUGCCCAGCAGGAGACCGCCAUCUACGUCCUGAACAAGCAGGCCGACAUCGGAGAUCUCGCCCAGAAGCUGAACGCCAUCAAGAGCAACUCGAACAACAAGCCCGAGGUGCACUUCGUCAAGUACAGGACUCCCGAGGACGCCGCCAACGCCCAGCGCGCCAUCCAGUCGCAGUACGACCAGCUGGGAGGAUCCUCCCAGGCUCAUGAUGGUGGCGUGGCCCCCGCCCUGAACUUCGCCUCCGCCGGUCCCGUCCAGCGCGCCCAGGCUCAGAUCCCCGAGAACUCCUACCUGCCCACCUCGGUCUUCCGUCGCCUGCGCAUCUAGAGAGGAUUCCCUGGAAUUUUAAUACUUAAGCUACAAAUACCUACUGAAGAACACCAUCUUCCUGUUACACGUUGUUGACUAAUGCAUAAUUCCACCAAUAAAUUUGAAAUUUAAAAACGAAAA